AUGGCCUCCCUCAUGCGUCCCACCGUCUUCCGCCAGGCGCCCGCCGCCUCUCAGCGCAUGAUGUCGGCCUUUGUGCGCCCCAGCACCGCCAUGGCCCAGUUCAAGCCGGCGUUCCAGAACUCCACACGAGUUGCCGCCUUCCACGCAACCCAGAGGAACCAGAUCCUGCCCCCGCUCCCCCAGAAGAUUAUUGGAACAGCAAAUGAACCGGUCCCGGUUCCCGAGCCCAGCUACGCCCACGGCAGCUACCACUGGAGCUUCGAGAGGAUCGUCUCCGCCGGAUUGAUUCCCCUGACCAUUGCGCCCUUCGCCGCCGGCUCGCUGAACCCCGUCACCGACUCGAUCCUCUGCGCCCUGCUCGUCGUCCACUCGCACAUCGGUUUCGAGUCGUGCAUCAUCGACUACUUCCCCUCCAAGCGCGUACCUUUUGUCCGCAACGCGGCCAACUGGGCGCUUCGCGCAGGGACUGUUCUUGUGGGCGUUGCUUUGUACUCGUUCGAGACAAACGAUGUCGGCAUCACCGAGGCUAUCCGUCAGCUGUGGACAGCGUAG